GGUUAAGGAGGGGAACGUCUAUGUCCAUGGCGACGACGAUGUCCCUGCCAGCUCAGCAGCAGCCUCAUCACGGUCGGAAUGCCGUCGUGUCAUCAACGAAUCAGGUGCCACGUAAGAGCCAAUCUGACAGCGGCACCAGUCAGUCCUCUUCCUCGGCGGGAGGGGGUUCUUCACCCACGCCUCCAUCGCACAAACUCUCUCACUCUUCCUCUCCUUCCUCCGCUGCUGGGUCGGGAUCGGGACCGACCAAUCCUCCUCCCCCUCCUCCUCCUCCUCCUCCUCCUGCUGCUGCUGCUGCUGCUUCUUCUCAUCACGGUCAUCGUCCGCUCGACGACGGUGGCUCAUCAUCAGAUCGCCGCCACUCCAAUCCAACGGCGGCUGCGGCUUCUGCCACCAUCUCCCCGGAGAGAGGUGAUAACGAUGACCUCCUCUCCGUCUCGUUCAAUCAGGACUACGGGUGCUUUGCGUGCGGGACCAAUAACGGCUUCCGCAUUUAUAACUGUGAGCCAUUCAAGGAGACAUUUCGGAGAGAGUUCGCUGAUGGCGGGAUCGGGAUGGUGGAGAUGUUGUUCAGGUCGAACAUAAUGGCUGUGGUUGGCGGCGGGAAAACCCCUCGGUACCCCCCUAACAAGGCAAUGAUUUGGGACGACCACGAGAGUAGGUGCUUGGGGGAGCUGAGCUUUCGAAGCGAGGUGCGAGCCGUCCGAUUGCGUCGGGAUCGCAUCGUUGUGGUACUGGAGCACAAGAUCUAUGUCUACAAUUUUGAAGACCUAAAGCUGCUGCAUCAAAUUGACACCAUAACCAAUCAGAAAGGCCUGUGCUGUUUAUCACCCUCGUCGACGAGCAUCGUCCUUGCCUGCCCGGGACUGCAUAAAGGUCAGGUACGGGUGGAGCUAUAUGACACAAAGAGGACCAGAUUCAUCGCGGCACACGACUCCGCGUUGGCUUGCUUCGCGCUGACGCUCGAUGGGACCCGGCUGGCAACGGCGAGUGUCAAAGGAACUCUCAUCCGAAUCUUCAACACUGCAGAUGGUUCAAAGCCUGUCUCUUAUACACAUCUAGAUGUGGAAGCUGGUGAGAGGGGAAAAGGUGGGAAAGGUGGGAGAGGUGGACCGCGAACCAUCAGAGACAGGAGAGCUGAUGGGAGUGUGGAAAAGGCGGGAAAGGUUGGGAAAGGCGGGACGGGUGGAGCAAAGGCGGAGUGCGAAGCAGCGGAGCUGGUGAUCGUGGUGAAAAGGCGGGAGAAGUGGAGCGCGAAGCAAAGGAGGGAAAGCGGGUGAGAGUGGGGAAAAGGCGGGAGAAAAGGAAUAGAAAAGGUGCGCGAGAGGUGGGAGCGCGAAUCAACGUACACGGGAAAG